UUGUGUCCUCCAUUGGUCUUCAUAAGACAUGACAAAGUGACUUUGACAAGGGGCCAGUCCCAAAUCCAACCUAGAAUAGUGCAGAAUUUGCAGCUUUUUGAUUGUUGUACAAAGGACUGGAAACUGCACAGAUAAAUGUAUUGAAAAGUGAUAGGGUGCAAAAUAUGCCUACUGGAGAUGACCAUUUAAUGUAAAGAGGUCAACGGUUGUAUUAGAGGAUUUCAGAAAUUUUACUUUAUCAUGGCUGGUGGAUUAGAAAGAACUCGUAGAUUGCCCAAGAUCCAAGAUGCUGAUAAAGAGUCCAUGUUUGGUUAUGUACAUGCAGUGUCAGGACCUGUGGUCACUGCACAGCAGAUGGCUGGAGCUGCUAUGUACGAGUUAGUGCGUGUAGGUCACUCAGAACUGGUGGGCGAAAUUAUCCGAUUAGAGGGAGACAUGGCUACCAUCCAAGUAUACGAGGAUACAUCUGGUGUGACUGUUGGUGACCCAGUAUUGAGGACGGGUAAACCUUUAUCUGUAGAACUGGGACCUGGUAUAAUGGGCUCCAUCUUUGACGGUAUUCAGCGUCCUCUAGAAGAAAUUAACAAACUGACACAGAGUAUCUACAUUCCAAAGGGUAUCAACACACCAGCUCUGGACAGGCAGAAGAAAUGGGAGUUUGAACCAUAUGGAAGCAUCAGAGUUGGCAGUCACGUGACAGGAGGUGAUGUGUAUGGUAUGGUGUAUGAGAACAUUCUGGUCAAACACAAAAUCAUGCUUCCCCCUAAAGCUAGAGGCACAGUGACCUGGGUUGCUGACCCUGGCGAGUACGACGUCAAUGACAUUGUGUUGGAGACUGAGUUUGAUGGAGAGAAGUCCAAGUACACUAUGUUACAAGUCUGGCCAGUCAGACAGCUGAGACCAGUGACUGAGAAACUCGCCGGAAACCACCCACUGCUCACCGGACAGAGAGUGCUCGAUGCACUGUUCCCCUGUGUACAGGGUGGAACCACUGCGAUCCCUGGGGCUUUCGGCUGUGGUAAGACUGUGAUCUCGCAGUCCUUGUCCAAGUACUCCAACAGUGAUGUCAUUGUCUACGUUGGAUGUGGUGAACGUGGAAAUGAAAUGUCUGAAGUAUUGAGAGAUUUCCCAGAGUUGACGAUGGAAGUUGAUGGUAAACCCGAGAGUAUCAUGAAGAGAACAGCAUUGGUUGCCAACACCUCCAACAUGCCUGUGGCUGCCAGAGAGGCCUCCAUCUACACUGGUAUUACCUUGUCCGAGUAUUUCCGUGAUAUGGGUUACAACGUGUCGAUGAUGGCUGACUCUACUUCUCGAUGGGCCGAGGCUUUGAGAGAAAUCUCUGGUCGUCUGGCUGAAAUGCCUGCUGAUUCUGGUUAUCCUGCCUACCUUGGGGCUCGUUUGGCUUCCUUCUAUGAACGUGCUGGUCGUGUUAAGUGUAUAGGAAAUCCAGAGAGAGAGGGCAGCGUCAGCAUUGUGGGAGCUGUAUCGCCCCCUGGUGGUGACUUCUCAGAUCCUGUGACCUCUGCAACCCUGGGUAUUGUACAGGUGUUCUGGGGUCUGGAAAAGAAGUUGGCUCAGAGGAAGCACUUUCCCGCCAUUAACUGGCUCAUUUCCUACAGCAAGUACACAUGGGCUUUGGAGGAAUUCUACGACAAAAGCUUCCCAGACUUCACUCCCCUCAGAACAAAGUGCAAAGAAAUUCUACAGGAAGAGGAAGAUCUGUCUGAAAUUGUACAGCUGGUCGGCAAGGGAUCACUGGCUGAAGCAGACAAGAUCACACUGGAAGUGGCCAAGGUCAUCAAGGACGAUUUCCUGCAACAGAAUGGGUACACACCUUAUGACAGGUUCUGCCCCUUCUAUAAGACAGUGGGAAUGUUGAAGAACAUCAUUGCCUUUUAUGAUAUGGCUAAACACGCUGUAGAAAGUACAGCACAGAGCGAGAACAAAAUCACAUGGGCCAUCAUCAGGGACCAAAUGAACGACAUCAUCUACAGACUCAGCAGCAUGAAAUUCAAGGAUCCAGUCAAAGAUGGCGAGAAGAAGAUUAAGCAAGAUUAUGAUGAUUUACAUGAAGAAAUGCAGACAGCAUUCAGAAAUCUUGAAGACUGAGUAACAUUAGUAGCUUAACAAGUUAUUUAAAUUAUUAGGAAAAAAUUGAAACUUGGACAGUGUAUGUAUGUGGAAAUAUCUAGAUUAAAUUUGGUGAACAAUUUGCAGGAAUCAGUAUUCUAGUCACGCUAUUGCUGUCUUGCUUCCAUGACAAGAGUCAUUAGUAUUGUGUUAAUAGUCCCUGGUCUGUUCAAUUCGUAUUUGAAAAGGAUCCAGGAAUCCAGAUAGCAUUACAUAUUGAUAACCAUUGUCUCAGAGUGAGGGCUAUAUAGAUUUUACAGUUUUAGUUGUUGGGUAAAACUUAACUACCCAGUACAUUAUUUUUAAAUGUUGGGCAUCUUGUUUCAAGAUCAAGACUUCAUGAGUGGUUUUUUUUUGAUGAAUUUGUUGUCGAUGAAUGCAAAUCAGUUGUACACUUCCUUAGACAAAACAUUCCAUAUUUCAUUCACACGUGUAUGUACAUCAUGUGUACCGAGCCAAGGUGUAGAUUUUUUUAUGUUAAUUUUAAGUUUUGACAAUGAACAAACAUUUCCUUUAUAGAUGUAGUUUGCAGAUCACAGAAUUUUAUUCAGUUUGCAGAUUGUGCAUCAACUUAAAAAAAAAAUGAACGACAGAGGUUGAGUCUUUGUAUCUGAUAUUAUUUAUAUAAAACAUUUGUAAUUUUUAAUCAUUGUUUGUGAUAGAAACUUGUAAAUUUAUUGAAUUUUUUAAGGGUACAAUAUAAAUCAUAUUGAUAGUGUAUUAUAUAUAUAUAGACAUGUGAUAGCCUUUUCUGUAGCUCAGUUCAUUGUAAAAACUUUGGAAAAUCCAUUAUAAAUCUAUGAUUUAAAAUACUGUAUAUGUUAACCAAGAAAAUAAAAUAAAUAUGCAGAUAUUU